GUGAAAACAUCCAAAAAAUCACUUAUUUUGGACCGGAGGAAGUAGUAAACUUUGAAACUACCAAUAGAGCAAAGAUGUAAGCUUUUCAUGUUUACCAUAAAAGCUUGUUUACCUCGAAAUCUCAACUAUACAAAGAUUUACUAAACAAGAACUACUAAUGCUUUGCAUACAUUUCUUGUACUCCCUCAGUUUUAUUUUGUAUAUGAACAUAUUUGACUAGGCAUGAAGUCUGAAAAAGAAAGAAAUACUUUUGAAAUUUGCUGUCUUAAACAUCCUGCGACAUUUAUCUAACUCUAAAAUCAUAUCGUUAAGGUGUAAAUGAGAAUUUCUUGAUAUAGAAAGAUAGUCAUAUUUUGAUAUAAUACUAAAAUGGAAAUAGUGCAACAUAGUAUGAAACACCAAAAGCACAUUACAUGUUUGCCUCCAUACAUAAACAUGUGGGAAAGGACAAACAUGCCUUCCAAAGAUUUAUCUUCUGUUAUUUAAGUACUCAAAUGUGAUGACUCCCUAAAGUAUCUGAGAAAAAAAUUCCUUAGACUAUUAGGCCGAUGUCCUUUAUGAAUCUGUCUAUUAACAUCCUGAUGAUAUUUCCAAUGGUCUUCUGCUUUGUUUCAACCAAACAUGGAGGACUUCUUCCCAAGAUAGACUCCUCUAAAAAUUAUUAGAAUCUUCCUUUCUACUAUCAGUAACCUUCUUCAUGAAAAGUUUGACCUCUUCUACUUUUGAAGAACUAUAUCUCUGCUCCAAAUUGCUUUCUCAAGAAACGAACAUGGACUUGAUCAGUUUUGGAACAGGGUGUUUUCCCCUGAUUUUUGUAUUGAUAAUUACCAUGUGCACUCUUUCAGGCAACACCCUUUUCCUUUUUUCUUUUUCUUUUCUUCCUUUUGUUUCUAGUUUGCAAACUAUUGAACAAUUACUUACUCUUUCCUUAAUUGCAGAUUGUUAUGACUCUCUGGAUCCUAGUGGAAAUAUUGCAGUUACGUAUGACAUUGUUAGAUGGACAGAUGAUGGUUAUCAGGCAAGGAUAACCAUUCAAAAUUACCAUCAGUAUAGACAUAUCGAGAAACCGGGCUGGCAAUUAGGAUGGACAUGGGCUGGUACUGAGGUUAUUUGGUCAAUGUCUGGUGCUUUUACCACCAAACAAGGGAAUUGUUCAACCUUCAAGUCUGAAAUUCCACAUUGUUGCAAGAAAGAUCCUAUUAUUGUUGAUCUCGCCCCUGAAGCUCCACUAGAAAAAAGAUCAGAUGGUUGCUGUCACGGUGGAUUUCUUGCUGCCUCGGCUAUUAAUCCUUCCGGUUCUUCCGUAUCCUUUGAUAUGAAAGUUGGAAACUUGAGGGGCAAUUAUACAGCUCACAAGCCUUUAAAUCUCACAUUAAUGGCUCCAGGACUUGGUUAUACUUGUGAUGAAUUUGUGGACACUGAUCCAACAAUAUCUUCGGUUAUAGAAGGCAAAAGACAAGAACAAGUUAUCAGGACAUGGAAAUCAACAUGUACAUACUCAACUUUCUUGGCGAACAGAUCACCAACCUGUUGUGUUUCUCUUUCAACAUUUUACAAUCCUGAGGUGACACCAUGUCGUUUGUGUAGCUGUGGAUGUAAAUUAGCUGACAAUGAAGCAAAAUCAUGCAUUAGACAAAGUUCAUCACCGUUGUCUGAGCGCGAGCUAGUUCAGUGCACUGAUCAUAUGUGUCCACUUCGAGUUCACUGGCACAUUAUGAAGAAUUACAGGAAUUAUUGGAGAGUGAAAUUGACCAUUUCCAAUUACAACUUAGGUAAAAACUAUUCCAACUGGAAUGUGGUAGUCCAACAUCCUGGUUUUAGCCAGCUAGCAACUGUCUACAGCUUCAACAAUACAGUGCUCCCAACUGUUGGUGUCCCAGAUGAAGUUGCACUCUUCUGGGGUUUAGAUUUUUACAACGAUGCGUUGUUGCAAGCUGAAGAAAAGCAAGUAGGAUCUGUGACGACAGAGAUACUUUUGCUUAAGGACAUGAGUUCAUUUACACUUAGUAAUGGAUGGGCUUUUCCAAGAAGAGUAUAUUUCAAUGGUGAGAACUGUGAAAUGCCUCUUCCAGAUACUUUCCCUAUGCUUCCAAAUGGUUACUCAAAGAAUAAACCUUAUAGCAGCCAUCUUUCUGUUCUAGUCUUGAUUUAUUUGACUUACAAAACAAUUAAUUUUUGGUCCUAGAUCAAAAUUUUGCGACUUCCUCCUUAAGAUUACCUUUGCCCAACCUAAUGAGAAUCAGCUUCAUCGCUUCUAUUUGCUGCAAUAUAGUACAAAGGGCCGAAUGUGAGAUAUCAAUAAUUAAAGUAUAUGUAACUUUCCUGGCUUAAAGGAUGGAACUCCAGCAAGACAUCCAUUGAAGAGCUCUUUGAUUUUUGGCUCAAGGGCGGUUCCAAAAAAGUGGACCAUUGUUAACAUUAUUGGUCUGAGACCUUUUGACAUGAUUAACUUGUAAAAUUGACAACUUAUACAUGUUUGCUCAUAAUUGUAUUCAGGCAUACAUAUGAAAAACGAGGGUGAAAGGAAUAACAUUAGUUGUAAUUAGCUUCUGCUUUUGUACCAAUAUGCAAACAGAAUUAAGUUUUA